AUGGUGCCCGCCUCAAGAGCCCUGCUGCCCGAGGUACCCGCCAAAGAUGGCGGCACUUCCGCCCCGGUUCCUCGCAGCCGUACUUCUGUCCCGGUACCCGCGCCACCGUCGCGUUCUUCCGCGCUGGCACUUCCCGACGCCGACGUUGCUGUCUCGCCUCCCGCCCCGCUCUCGCUCGCCUCGGCUCCGUCGCCGCUCUCCAUCGACGCCGCUGCGCCCUUCCCUGGCUUUCCUGGCUGCGGCGCCAUUGCGCCGGCCUGCGGCCUACUCGACGACGUGCCUGCGUCUCUGGCCGCUGCUGACGUCGCUCCAGCACCUGCGCCUUUGGAAGUCUCCGAGGUCGCCCCACUACCGGCGCCGCUGGACACCGCCACCACUGACCUCACUCCAGCGCCUCCGGGACCUUGCUGCUGUGCCGGCACCUCCGGUAGUCUCCGAGGUCGCACCUCGGCCAGCGCCAGCUAA